AUAAGGAAGUGCGCAUGACAGAAAGUUUGUUGUAAGCUUUAGUUAACUUCUUUUCUAUUGCAAGUUGCAAAGUUUUUAUUGAUUAAUGAAUUAACAAGGUGUCUAUGAGUACUCCAGAAGCGAAAAUACCGCCUAUUACAAUGAGUAAACUUUACAUUGGAAAUUUGCCUACAGAAACGUCUGAAACUGCUCUAAGACAGCUGUUCUUGGAGCAUAAUUUGUCGUGUACAAAUAUCUUGGUAAAACGUGGAGGUUAUGCCUUUGUAGAUUGUCCGGACCAAUCUUCGGCAGAUAAAGCAAUUGACAAGCUUAAUGGAUUUAACUUUAAUGGCUGCCCGUUAGUGGUUGAACCUUCAGUAGCUUCGGGAAAGAGAAGGGGAUCCACUUCAGUGCUUCCGGUCGUGCCAGUGGAACAGAUCGGCAAUGGAUGGAUUUCAAUACAAAAAAUUAUUAUAUCGAAUUUACCUCCAAACGUACGAUUUGAAGACAUAAAGGAACUUCUUCUCCAGCAUGGCGAGGUAGUCAGUUGUGAUAAACUUCAGUCUAGGGACCCCAACACACAGACUGUUCAAGUAAUAUACGAAAAUGCCGAACAAGCACAGCGGGCUGUGGCUCAUUUGAACGGCAUUCAAGUAGAGGGGAAUCCGAUUAAAGUGGAGCUGGCGCUGGAUAAGCGACCUGUUCGCCGGGGUCCUCGAGGCGGUCCUGGCGCAGCCGGCUUCGGAGGACUCCCGGGUCAGACCCGCCCGACCGAUUUCCCCUUGCGCAUCCUUGUACCUAGUGAUAUGGUAAGUUCAUUACAAUCCUACUUGAAACAUGAUUACCACGAAGCCACAUUAUUUGGUGUAAUUGUUGAGUGCAGUUAUAUUAAUAUAAAUAUUAUCCUCUCUUUCAGAGAUAUCUGUUUGAAAAUUCUUGCGCAUAAUAACUUAAUCGGUCGGAUAAUAGGCAAGGGUGGUAACACAAUUAAACGGAUCAUGCAAGAGACUGAUACCAAAAUAACUGUAUCAAGUAUUAACGAUAUAAGUUCGUUUAAUCUAGAACGCAUCAUUACCGUGAAAGGCACGAUCGAGAACAUGAGCAAGGCCGAGGCUCAAAUUAGUGCAAAACUGCGGCAAAGUUACGAAAAUGACCUACAGGCCAUGGCACCUCAGACAAUGAUGUUCCCUGGCUUACAUCCAAUGGCCAUGAUGGCCACAGCAGGCAUCGGAUAUGGUUCACGGGGUCUGUACGCAGGACAGGCGCCGUAUCCGGGCAUUUAUCCUGCAGGUGCUCCUACAGGAGCUGUUGAGACUCCGGAAACAACUUAUCUGUAUAUACCGAACAAUGCAGUGGGAGCGAUAAUCGGCACCAAAGGAUCACAUAUCCGUAACAUUAUUCGAUUCUCUGGGGCCUCUGUUAAGAUAGCUCCUCUUGACGAAAGCCGUCCCCAAGACGCGCAAGCUGAAAGAAAAGUCACCAUUGUUGGAUCACCCGAAGCACAAUGGAAAGUAAGUAAUAUCUCACUAAUGGCAAUAAAUAAAAUUGGUGUUAUUAAAUUAGUGUUUAUUUGCUUAUACAUGGAACAUUCGAAUAUUUGUAGCAUAAAAGCCUAUUAGAAUUAUUUUGAUUUC